UGGAAAGUGGUAUCGUAGGUUUUGUGAAGGUAAUUUGUUAUUGUUUUGAUAAAGUUUGAGAAAAAGUAUUGAAUUGAAAGACAUUUAUAGUUAUUAUAUAAGUUUGAAGAAGUCUUCCGAUUUAAUAGAAAUCUAUUCAGAACGUUCUUGUCUCCCCAAGGAAAAUUUUCUUCUCUGUUGGAGGUAGUUCAUGAAUAAAGGAAGAAAGAAUCUUAGAAAGAAGAGCUAGCUCGACUCUUUGCACAAAGUUGCCUGCAGGCAGUUACUGGUGCAUGACAGCUUAGGUUGAAUCAGUCAAGAUGCUCUACAUCGGCAAGUUUAUUAAUAAUUUUAAAGACUUUUACAAUGAUAUUAAUUCGGCCACUUUGACUGGAGCAAUUGAUGUGAUAGUGGUAAAGCAGCCAGAUGGAAGCUAUGUUUGCUCUCCAUUCCAUGUCCGAUUUGGAAAAAUCGGAGUGCUCCGGAGCAAAGAAAAAGUGGUUGAUAUUGAAGUAAAUGGAGUGCCAGUUGAUAUUCAUAUGAAGCUGGGUGAAUCGGGUGAGGCGUUCUUUGUGGAAGGGGUUGAUACUAAUAAUGAGAUACCGUCCUACUUGGCGACAUCUCCCUUACCUGAUGUUCCUGACAUAGAAGCAGAAAUUCAAAAAAUGAAACUAUCUUUAAAGGAUGAAACUAGCAAUGAAAAUAAGAUGUUAUCUCCAAUUAUUGAAUCUACCAAAAGUAUUCAUAUUGUUUCUGAAAAAGACAAGGUGCUAAUUACAUCUUCUAGUCUUUCUAGUAAACAAAAAGACUGUGAUAUUGUCCCUAGUGAUAGUGUUGUUUCUAAGAAAACUACAACUCAAAUUUCUGAGACACAUAAAUCUCACCAAAAGAUUUUGAAAGUCACAGAGGAAAGCGUUGUUUCUGAAGACAUUGCAAACAGUGUGAAUACAGAUUCUAGUGAUGAAUACAAGACAAAGCGUAGACGGAGGAAAAGAGCUCCUACAAAGAAGCGAAGCAAAAAUAAAGACAUGAGUGUAACUAAAAACAAUGGACUGAACCAUGCAACUGAUGUGGUUACAAAGGAUUCUGAGAUUGAUAAACCAGAAGAAAUUUUUCAGAUGGAUGAUGAUUAUGUGGAAGGUGAUGAUGAAGGUUUUGGAUCUGCAGGUGGUCUGAGCCGUUCUGUAAGUCUUCCCGUUCAAUCAAAAAUUGAAGAUCUUUUUGAUCAUGAAUGGACUCGUAGAAAAAUGUCUACCACCUUCACUGGUGAAUUUCAUCCUUUUAGUGACGGGGAUGUAACUCCACAAUCUAGUCCUAUUGGAUCCAGACCACCUAGUCCGAAAUCAGACACUGAAUAUGAAAAUCAAAAAAUAGAGACUGGAAGUCCAGAUUUAAAUGCUCCCAGUUGGAGUUGGGGCCAACUGCCUAAUGUUCCUAGAAAUUUGAGUGAUCCUCAUCUCCAAGGUCAAGAUCAAUCAUCCCAUUUAAAUGAAGAGAACAAGGAUGAUGAUGCUUCUACUGAUGCUGAAAAGCGUUCUAUGCUUGGAGGAGUGUUGAACUUCAUGCGAUCUACAAAAAAGAUGAGACAUAUGCCGGAACGUGAAGGCAUUUAUCUCUCUGAACUAAAUUCUGAUGAAUUGGAUCCAGAAGUAGCUGCAUUAUAUUUUCCUAAAUUUAAAAAUCCAGAUCAUCCAAGCCAAGUAAAAGAUGAGGACACAGAAUCAGGGAAAGGUCCAUCCUUACCCCACUCCCCUCACACCGUUGAAGGUUAUGGGAGUCACUUAAGUCAGGAUUCUGAUAGUGAUGGUGGAAUCCCCCUAGAACGUUUUAGCAAGGAGGAUUGUGAAAAACAUUCUUAUCCUUAUAGUGAUAUAGCCAUGUCACUCUGUGGCGGAUUGCAGGAUCCGGAGGUGGAUCUUCCUGCGGAACGCUUUCUGCAUUCCAUUAUUACUUUCGAUGAAUUCUCAGAGAAUCCUGCCGCUGUACUCAAUGAUCCCAAUUUGGUCAUUCGUAUUGAUGGAAAAUACUACAAUUGGCAGACUGCAGCCUCAAUGUUAACUUCUAUAAUUAUGUUCCAAAGACCUUUGCCUGAUAGAACAACUACUAAAUUGGUGCAUGAACAUAUGCCGAAAAAGAAAAAGAAAUCUUAUUCCUCUUGGUGGUCUUGGGGGAGAACUGAGACUGAAACAAAGGGACAAAUUGAGAAUCCUCAAGCAGGUAUUGAAAAUUCUACUAUCACUGCAGUAUCUGCCAUCACAGAGAGAACAGAAACUAGAUUCGAGGAAUCCAUUGAACAAGUGCAUAAAAUAGAUGAUAGUGAAAAGAGAGAGACUGUUGUUGUUUCAAUUGAAGAGACUGUAAAAGAAACUAUGACAACUGUUACACAGGCAGUGUCUGAAGCUUGUGAUAAAGAUCAGCUGCUUCUAGAAGAAGGGGAUGAGUUGGAGGAAGUGGUUGUGGAAUCUGAAACAAGUGCUGACGAUCAAAUUGAAUUGAUUCAAACCCCACCCAGAAGUGAAAGCACUCCUAUGUCAAGUAGUCCUAUUGAUAUAACCCAUCCUGUGAAAACACAUGUUGAUACCUCCAGUCUUUCACCACCUGAAACUGUUGCUCAAAGUCAACUCAGUGCCAAAUCCACAAGUGAACCUGAAGGAACUGAUAAACCCCAGAAAGAAAAAUACAUCAAAUCUCUCAGGUUGACCUCGAAACAGAUAGAAAAUUUAAAUCUAAAAGAUGGUCCUAAUGAAUUUGUGUUCAGUGUUACAACUGCAUAUCAAGGAACAACUAAAUGCACAUGCCAGGUUUUCUUGUGGAAUUAUGAUGAUAAAAUUGUGAUAUCUGACAUUGAUGGUACAAUAACGAAGUCUGAUGUUCUUGGCCAUAUUUUACCAAUGGUGGGCCACAGCUGGGCACAGUUAGGUGUUGCUAAUCUGUUCACAAAAAUUUACAACAAUGGUUAUAAAUUUCUCUAUCUCUCUGCAAGAGCCAUUGGUCAAGCUAGAAUAACACGAGAUUAUCUCCGUAAAGUUCGGCAAGGUGAAAUCUGUUUACCAGAUGGUCCCUUGUUGCUAUCACCAACUUCUCUCAUUAGUGCUUUGCAUAGAGAAGUCAUUGAAAGAAAGCCAGAGGAAUUUAAAAUAAGUUGCUUGAAAGAUAUUCAAACAUUAUUUCCACCAUACAUGGGAAAUCCAUUCUAUGCUGGAUUCGGAAACAAAAUCAAUGAUCAAUGGGCUUAUCGAGCUGUUGGAAUACCUCUUACACGUUCAUUUACUAUAAAUCAUCGAGGAGAGUUAAAAUUAGAACUUAUACAGACAUUCCAGUCAUCUUACACUAGAUUAUGUGAUGAUGUUGACCACGUGUUCCCACCACUCAAGCCAAGACUCAAAACUAAUGGCCAUCCUACACCCAUUUUUUCAUCGCCUGAAGAAUUCAGCUAUUUCACAUACUGGAGAGAGCCUGUUCCUCCAAUUAAUGAAGAUGAUUUAUCUGUGUGAAACUGGUAUAAAUAUCUCUCUCCAAUGGAAGAGCAAAUUUUCCCUGAUUUCCAGUAACUCGGAAUAGAAUAAAUUUCAGUUUUUUUCGUGUGCUACAGCUCAUCAUAUGUAAAACUACUUCGGCCUUGAUCUAAAGUUGUGUUAGGAAUUAAAAUACAUACAGGGAUAAUUUCAUUCUUUGUGAUAACCAUUUGAUUCCUGUGUUUUAAAAUCUGAAAACAAACUUGUAUUGUUUCGUUAAUUGUAUCUGUUUAUAAAACAUUUGUUUUGACUCAUUAUGAAAUCAAUCUUUGUAAGAAUUUUUUUCAUAAUUUGUAUUAUAAUAUGUAAAAAUGUAUAUGGACUGUAAAUCUUCAUUUUUUUUCAUGUAUAGGAGCUUAUCUUUUGUAAUACAAAUCAUUCUUCACAGGAUUAUUAAUAUUUUUUCAUUUCCUUCUCUGUUUAUUUUAUUUAUGAAAGUUUUUAAUUAAAAAAAAUUUGCUCGAGGAUCUGUUGCAAAAAUUACUAGUCAUUUUGUGCAUUAUUUUCGUUUUUUAUUUUUUAAGGGUUAAUGAUUUAACACUUGAAAAAAGAAAAGAAAAAAUAUUUAAAAAGCAGUUUGUGCAUAUCAGCUAAUAAUUGCAAAGAUAGCUUGUUGUAUAUAUUUAAAAAUCUUGUCUAUUUUUCACGUUGCUGUUAAAUAUUCUAUACAUGUAAAUUAAUUGUAUAAUAAACAAAAACUACUGUUGUUAUGCAUGAUCUGUAAAAUAUGCUUUUGCUUUAAUGUCAUGCAUAAUUGUUUUCAUUUCUAAAUUGUGUAUUUCAUUUUUAUCUAUGUUCCCUCUGUAAAAUAUGGAUCGAGUUCCAAAAACAGUUGUUUGCAUAUCAUUUAUGAUUUCGAAUCAAAACUAUGUGUUCCUAAUUGAGAAAUUAUUGCAUAUGAAUGACUGAAAUAUCAAAUGACAGUUUGUAUGUCCUCUUACUAAUAUUAAUAUCUGGUCUGCAUUUUUUCUUAAAUAUUUUGCUUCUUAAAAUAUUUAUUUAAUUAGUACUUUUAAUUAAAAAUGUAUUAUUAGUAUUUUGCAUUCUGAAAUAAAUAUUAAUUUUUUUAGUAGUAUUAAAAUAAUUCUGCAUGAAAAAAUUUGAUAUAAAAUUUUGGUUAAUGAUGUGCCAAAUUUCAAAAUCUAUCUAUGAUUCUUUAAUAUAACAAAAAUUAUUUCAUUAAAAAAAAAGAAGAAAUUAUUGAAUGAAGAGAAAAAGAAUGCAACAAAUUAGGUUUCACAUCAAGUCAAUUUUUAUUUUCAGUAAAUGUUUCAUUUGUUUUUGUAAGAAAAUAAUUUAUGAAGAUUUUAAAAUUACACCUACAUUUCGGUAUGUAUUUGAGAUCUAUGCAUUAAGUAAUUAGUUGAGGGUAAAGUUGAGGAAAUAUUGAAAAUUUUAAGAUACUGCUUGUCCUUUUUGUUUUGUAUUGAAACUUGAAUUUUUUUGUUUGGCAUCCUUAAGUCCUCUGGAUAAUUUUUUGUAUGUUAAAAUUAUUCCAUUUCAGAAUAAUCAGUUUGAAAGUAUUUUAUAUUGAUAUUUAUUACUUUGUGAGUUAUCUGGAAUGUUAUUAUUAUUAUUAUUGUUAACUUAUAGGUUUAAUUUUCAUUUUUUUAAAAUUAUAUUUUUCAUAAUUUUUUAUCUUUAUAUUAAUAUGGUAGAUAUUUAUUGUUUUGAUAUUAAAAAAAGGAAGUAUUUAAAUGGCAUACUCUACAAGAUUUCAAAUAAAUAAACCAUAUUAGAAUUAAAAAUCCCUAAAAUUUACUAUUUAAAAAAAAUUUGCAAUCCUCUUUGAUGUCUUUCUGAGGGGCAGAUUUUCUGUCAACCUUCAAGGUGCAUCCUGUGAGGCUUCAUUCUGUGUCUCACUCUCAACUUAAAUCCUACUUUUAUCAAAUGUUUCAUCCACACUCUGUUAUGCUGAGCUUUCGUGUGUUUCCUUCUCUUCAUGUGCUAAUGACUUUUUCUAUUACACUGUGGAAUGCGUUUGUGAAGGACUAAUUACUGUGAUUACGUAUUGUGUGUCUCAAACCAAUUGAGCCAUUUUUUAAUGGGAUAUUGUCGGAUAUCAAUGUUUAUCUUGUAACAUAUCAAAUAUUUAUGUACUGUACGAUUUUAGAUGUUGAAAGAAUGAUUGUGUAUAGUUUUUGAAAUAAAUAGGCUUCCAUUAAAAAUAGA